CGCUGACGCCGGCUCGCUCUCCCGACUCCUGAAAAAACCCACAAAUAACCGUUCGGGAUGUGGCCUGGGGCGGCAGGUGAAGAGCGUGGGUCAACUUUCCUGCCUUCAAGACGUUGCCUACAGUCACUGGACGCUCUUCUAGAGUCUUCUGGUGUUCGUAAUGCUGAACAUAGAGUGAACAUCUCCAGCCAGCAUCAGGAGGGAUGUCAAAGCCACUUCUACUGUAAGGACGCAUGAAUUCACAUCAAGCGCUAGGAAGCCCCGCCCCUCCUGUCUUCUGAUGGUUUGUCACGUGCCCUCACUGGCCACGCCCCUCUUUCAAAAUGGAGUUGUCCGAGUCAGUGCAGAGGGGGCUCCAGUCCCUCGCCGAGCCGUCCACCGUAGAUCACGUCGGCUUCCCGGUGAUGGUAGACGUCUCCUUCCGCUCCCUACUCUCCUCAAGCCGGAAUUCGACGGUGCUGGAUGAGCCCGAACUGAAGCAGGUCGACCCGGUCCAGCUGAAGAGGAUCCACGCCGCAGCCGCCACCUUCAUUCUGGAGGCGGUCCGGCAAAACGCCGACAAGUCCACCAUCAGCUCCUGUCUGGAGGACCUGUCAUUCAGUGCAGACAAAAUAGAAAUCUUCUACAACUGCUAUCAGAAGCACAAAAAGGACUUGGAAGGUUUGUUAGCAAGCAUUGGAAGACAACCAGCUCACAUUACUGAUGUCUCGUGGCGCCUGCAGUACCACAUAAAGAACGCACACCUCGAUAAGGUCAAUGAGCCUUUCUACUUAAUAUCACUUAAUACUGAGAAUAAAGGUGUUCCUGAGGAUGUCACCUUUACCUGCACGAUGGAGCAGCUACAGGACAUGGUUGGCAAGCUGAAAGAUGCAGCAAAGAGUGCAGAGAAAGCCAGUCAGAUGUGAUGCUGUGAAAUUUUUGUUGUGUAUGUCUGCCUAAGAACAAUGUCACUAUUUGAAAUAAAAAUAGAAACAUGGUG